AUGCCUCGGUCCUUUGGAGGUGACGGAGUCCCACCUCUAACUGACAAACCAGGGACUCCUAAGGUACGACUUGGCAAACAAAUGGUAAUGAGAUGGGGAGCUAUUAAUAUCAAUGGGGGCUACUCUGGGAAGAAGGUAGAGCUGGCAGAGGCUGCAAGUAAGAUGGGGCUGGACGUUUUAGCUGUUAGUGACAUUCGGGUAAGGGGUGAGAAAGAAGAGGAAGUGGGAGAAUACAAGGUCUACCUGUCAGGAGUCAAAGCAGGAAUAGCACAAUGGGGUGUAGGGCUUUACAUCAGGAAAGAAAUAGAACCCAGCGUAGUUGCAAUAAGGUAUGUAAACGAACGACUGAUGUGGAUAGAUUUGACAGUGUCUAGCAAGAAAAUUAGGAUUGUGUCAGUAUAUUUGCAUUGUGAAGGGACAGAUCAAGAUAAGAUGGAUAGUUUUUAUGAGGCACUCAGUGAUGUAGUUGUUAGAGUAAACGACAAGAACAGUGUUCUGCUCAUGGGUGAUUUUAACGCCAGGAUUGGAAAUCGAACAGAAGGGUAUGAAAAGGUUAUGGGUAAAUUUGGAGAGGAUAUGGAGGCCAACAGGAACGGGAAACAACUCUUGGAUUUCUGUGCCAGUAUGGGCUUGGUAAUCACAAACUCCUUUUUUAAAUAUAAGAACAUUCACCGGUAUACUUGGGAAGGCAGGGGAACCAGAUCAGUCAUUGACUAUAUAAUAACAGACCAGGAAUUCAGGAAGGCUUUGAGGGACAUACGUGUAUUCAGGGGAUUCUUUGAUGACACUGAUCAUUAUUUAAUCUGCAGUGAAAUUAGGAUUGUGAGGCCGAAAGUGCAGGUCAGGUCAGGUCCAUAUGUAGGAGGAUAA